UUUCUCGCUGUCCAAUCAGCACCAGUGUUGACAACCAUACCGGAGCUGUGUGUCUCCUGUCUGCUGCAGUGGAGACCGCCUUCCCGUCUCUCUCCUCAGAGUCCAUUGAGGAGCUUUGUCCACUGUCUCUCUACUGAACCUCCUCCUCCUGGACCUCCUGUGUCACUCUCAGAGUCCUCUGAUUCGAACCAAGGAACCUUUGGCCUCACCUCCACCUCCUCUUCCUCUCCUUCUCCCACCACACCUCCCCCUGACUGCUCUGACACUGUGUCUGAUUCAGGAGCCUCUUCAGCCUCCCCUCCUGACAGGACUCCUCCUCCUCCUCCCACUCACUGCUGUAUGAGUGGCUGUCACAACUGCGUAUGGAUUGAACACGCUGAGCAGCUGCUGAGGUUCUACGCUGAUGGAGAUGAGAAAGCUCUGGCUGCUGUGGAGGAGAACGUCCUGGAUGAGAACCUGAAGACCUACCUGAAGAUGGAGAUCAGACUCCUGAAGAAGACGUGACUCCUGCUUUUACCGGAGUCAUUGUCCUAGUUCUUCAUGUCCAGCAGGUGAAGGACACUAAGGUCCAGGUGUUGAACCUCAGGAAACUUUUCCUCAUUUCAUCUGUGGAAACAUCUGAUCUCCACGGCGUUGUCCAGACAACAGAGGAGUUUAGAAACAGAUUUCAUUUGACAACAAUUAUUGUGUGAUUCCUUGUCAAAAAGCAUUUUAAUAUUUAUUUAUCACUAAUGUGUCAAAAAUAUAUUUAUGUGAUUUAUUUAUUUUUUAAUCUUUUUGCUUUUGAUUAAAAGAAGAA